AUGGCGAUCGCAAUGCAGUCUUCCAUUAUUUCUGUCGUGCUGGCCGAUCCUCUUCUCAGAGCAAAGCACAUGACUGGCCCGUUUUUCUGCGCCUCAAUCCGUUUUAUAGUCAGAGCGAUGGACCAGAAUCAGGGCAGAAUUUCACUGUAUUAUUCACGUCUGCAUUGGCUGGUUGGUGCCGGAGGCACUACCGGUCUGUUGCCCCGAUGCAGUGGAAGGCCGUCUAUCUUCUGCCUUAAGCGUUCGUUCUACUGUCCCUCACCAACCUUCCCGCCCUCCGAGGAGUCCAGCAGUCCAGACCCUGCACUGGCUGAACUCUCGGACCCAGUGCUCUGUACCAUUCUCGCCUGGCCCAACUAUUGUAGCACAAAGAAAGCUCGGUGA